AUGCGUUGUACUAAAUCAGUCUCAAUACCAGCUCCUGUUCAUUAUGCUCAUUUAGCAGCGUAUGCAUCACGAGCAAUCAAAUCUGGCGAAGAUCAUGAUACAGAAAGUCUUGAUGAAAAUAAUGAAGAACCUGAAAGUUACUCACUUGAUGAUAUUAAGACAAAAGUAAUGGUACUGGAUGAAAAAAUCGCCAAUGAUAUGUGGUUUAUAUAG